AUGGAAAGCUCGGAAAUCCUAAUCAAGCUUUUGAUUAUAGGUGAAUCCUCUGUCGGAAAAAGCUGUCUCUUGCUUCGUUUCGCCGAAGACAAGUUUAACGAAAACUUUUUGACAACAAUUGGUAUCGAUUUCAAAGUUCGUAAAGUUACAAUUGAUGACGCUAAAGUCAAGCUUCAGAUCUGGGAUACAGCUGGCCAGGAAAAGUUCAGAACAAUCACCAAGGCAUAUUAUCGUGGCGCAAACGGUAUCCUUCUUGUUUUCGAUGUUACAAAUCGUGAUUCCUUCAACAAAACAAAGCAGUGGAUGAAUUCAAUCAAAGAAUCAAUUACCGAUCCAGUAGAUAUUAUUCUUGUUGGUAACAAGGCUGAUGGACAAUAUUCAGACCCAAAGAUCAGCCGCCAGGUUACAAAAGAAGAAGGCGAAGAAAUGGCUCAAGAAUUCCAGAUUCCUUAUUAUGAAACAUCUGCCAAGACUGCUUUCAAUGUCGAAGAAACUUUCAUGAAGAUUGCUACAACUGUUAAGCGCCGCAAAGAUAAGGAGCCAUCCAACCAACAAUCUAAUAACAAUGGCGGCCGUAAGGUCGACCUCCGCAAGGAAAACGAAGACAAGAAAGGCGGAUGCUGCAAGUAA